AUGCCUCCAAAAAAAACCAAACGUAAUAGUACCGCAGCGGGCGGUACCGCUAAGGGUAGCAAUAAGAGUUCGGGAAAGAAAAUUGAAAAAGCCGAUUGGAAAGAAAAAUUUAACAAAAAACAAGUUGGGGUCUCCGACAUGACCAUGUUGAGCAAAGUUAAUAAUGAUGCGAUUAACGAAAAUUUGAAGAAAAGAUUCGAAAAUCAUGAGAUUUAUGUGCAUCAAAUAUUGAAAAGCUAUAUGGGAAAAAACUUGCUCGAAAUGCCGCCCCAUGUGUAUGCAAUUGCUGAAUCAGCUUAUUACAACAUGAAUAGUUAUAAAGAAAAUCAGUGUAUAAUUAUCAGUGGCGAAUCUGGUGCCGGAAAAACUGAGGCCGCCAAAAGAAUUAUGCAAUAUAUUGCAACCGUAAGCGGUGGUGCAUCAUCUCAAAUUAAAGAGAUUAAAGACAUGGUCUUGGCCACAAAUCCUUUAUUGGAAAGUUUUGGCUGUGCUAAAACUCUUCGCAAUAAUAAUUCAAGUCGGCAUGGGAAAUAUUUGGAAAUUCAAUUUAAUUCCGUAGGAGAACCCGUCGGCGCUGUUAUUACCAAUUAUUUAUUAGAAAAGGGGCGUGUUGUUGGACAAAUUGAGAACGAGCGUAAUUUUCAUAUUUUUUAUCAAUUUACUAAGGCAGCAGCUUCUACUGAAUACCAAGAACAAUUCGGAAUACAAGGUCCUGAAAGUUAUUUGUAUACUUGUAAAAGCGGAUGCUUGGAUGUUGAUGGCAUUGACGAUACUAAGGAUUAUUCUGAAACAAUAGAAGCGAUGAAUAUUAUUGGCCUGACACAAAGUGAACAAGAUGAUAUCUUUCGAAUGUUGGCAAUUAUUUUAUGGCUGGGAAAUGUACAGUUUGAAGAAGGUAAUGAUGGGAACGCUGUCAUUAGCGAUGAAGAUGUUACAACUUUUAUAGCAUAUAUCAUGGAAGUUGAUAGUGAAAUUCUUGCUAAAGCAUUGACUAAUCGCACCAUUGAAGCAUCCCGUGGCGGACGUCGGGGUUCGGUAUAUGAUGUUCCUUUGAAUACAGUACAGGCAUCUGCUGUGCGUGACGCCCUCGCAAAAGCAAUAUACAAUAAUUUGUUCGAGUGGAUUGUGGAGCGUAUCAAUUCUGCUCUACGAUCCCGUACUACAGCAUCCUACGUUAUAGGAGUACUAGAUAUUUACGGUUUUGAAAUCUUUGAAGAAAACAGCUUUGAGCAACUAUGCAUUAAUUAUGUUAAUGAGAAACUCCAACAGAUUUUUAUUGAACUUACUCUUAAGACUGAACAAGAAGAGUAUGUUAAAGAAAAAAUUAAGUGGACUCCUAUUGAAUUUUUUGAUAACAAAAUUGUAUGUGAUCUAAUUGAGGGGAAACGUCCACCUGGUAUAUUCGCAGCAUUGAACGACGCUUGUGCUACUGCGCAUGCUGAUUCUGAGGCUGCUGAUAACUCAUUUGUUCAAAGAUUGGGUUUCCUGAGUUCAAAUCCACACUUUGAAUCUAGAGGUAGCAAGUUUUUGGUGAAACAUUAUGCUGGUGAUGUUUUGUAUACAAUAGCAGGUAUGACUGAUAAAAAUAAAGACCAGUUGGUAAAAGAUUUGUUAGAAUUGAUCGAAAGCAGCGGAAAUAAAUUUGUGGGGCGACUGUUUCCAAAUAAAGUUGAUCGUGACAAUAAAAAGAGACCACCUACCAUUGCAAAUGCUUUAGUUACUAAUUUAAUGCAAGCUCGUCCAUCAUAUAUUCGAACUAUAAAACCAAAUCAAAAUAAAAGUCCAUCAGAAUAUGAUCAAAAAAUGGUACUGCACCAAAUCAAAUAUCUCGGGCUUAACGAAAAUAUUCGAGUAAGAAGAGCUGGAUUCGCUUAUCGACAAACCUUUGAAAAAUUUUUGGAAAGGUUCUACUUAUUAUCAAAGAAGACAUCGUAUGCUGGUGAAUAUAUUUGGCAAGGUGAUCCGAAAGCUGGAGCAGAACGAGUUUUAAAAGAUUGCGGAAUUGUUGCUGAAGAAUGGCAAAUGGGUGUCACCAAAGUUUUCAUUAGACAUCCUGAAACGAUUUGGGCACUUGAACACCUUAGAGAUCGAUAUUGGCAUAACAUGGCAUUAAGAAUUCAACGUGCCUAUCGCAACUAUGUUCGUUAUAAAAAUGAAUGUGCAACACAUGGAAGGAAGGAAAGACGAAGGUUUAGUCUGUUAAGCAUGCGAAAAUUUAUGGGUGAUUAUUUAUUUGUCAAUAUACCUGGAGGCAGUGGCGAAGCAUUAAGAAAUGCCUGCGAUAUUGGAGCUAAUGAAACUGUGGCUUUCAGUAGUAAGAUUCAACUUCUUGUUGCUCGUUUUGGUCGAGCCAGUAAACCAGGUCCAAGAAUGUUAAUUAUGCUAUUGACAAUGAAUGUUGAAAGAAAAAUUCUUCUUGGUACAAUUAAGAGUGCCAGUUUAUCACAUUUACGAGAUGAUUGGGUGGUGUUGCAUAUUAAUAAUCCGACAAAAGAAUUAGGAGAUUUGAUAUUUUCAUGCAUUUUCAAAACUGAAUUUGUAACGCACUUAUCACAACUUAAAGGGACACAAUUUGAUGUUAACAUUUCAGAAUCAAUUGAAUAUACUAAGAAGAUUAACAAAACAGCUACUAUGAAAUUUAUUAAAGACGAAAAUUUCAAGGAUGACGUAUAUAGAAGUCAUACGGUGUCUGUCUGCUCUGGAGAGCCACCAAAUA